AUGUCUAGGUACCACAAGGCGGCGAUUGACGGCAACUUGGACAUGUUGAAGGAAGCUACAAGGAAGGACCUAAACACUCGGGAUGAAGAUGGAAUGACACCCACCUUAUGGGCUGCUUUCCACGGACAUGUUGAUGCUCUACAGCUCAUAUGCAGCAGAGGAGGGGACCCCAACAUGAGUGACAUCUGGGGGAACACACCGUUGCACCAUGCUGCCAGUAAUGGACACAUGCACAUCCUCAGCUUUUUGGUCAACUUUGGUGCCAACCUUUUUGCUUUGGACAACGAAUUCUUUACAGCAAUGGAUGUUGCCGCUUCUCAUGACCGCAUGGACUGUGUGCGCUUCCUAGAUGCUGCUGUGUCACAGCAAACCUCCCGCAAUCCAAAGAGAGUUGCCAGUCUCAAGAAGGAGGCCAGCAAGGAUGCAGAGAAAUGUGUGAAACUCUGCGAGAAGGUCAAGAAGAAGCACCAGAGCAAGAUGGAGAAGAUGUACCUGGGAGCAAAAGAGAAUGUGUCUGUUUCAGAGGCCAGUCCACCAUCAUCAGUCUCAAACCCUGACAUAAUUCUCAAACCUAAUGAUAAUGAUAAUGAUAAUGAUGUUGAACCUGGCCAAACCACACAAUCCAUAUUCAACCGGCCUGGUUUUGGGGGUCUGGUUUUUGUAUCACAGAUGGAACUGGACUCAGUUGACAUUCCUAUAGGAAACAAUGAAAAUCUAAGCUACCUUCUUCAGAGUAAGAUGGCUGCGGAAAAAGGUGAUGUUGGCUUUGACCAGGAUGGUGAUUCUGAGGUGCCUUGGAGCCAGGAUGAAUUAGGGUUAGAUGAUGAUGACGAUGAAGAAACGUCUCCGUUAGACGCCUUCUUGGCUGCAAUCUCCUUGCCAGAAUUUGCCCUGGCAUUCAGACGGGAGCAUCUGGAUCUUGAGGCCCUCAUGCUUUGCUCUGAUGAAGACCUGAAAGGCAUUAGCAUCCAGCUUGGACCCAGAAAGAAGAUCCUGGAAGCUGCUGCCCGCAGAAAGAAUGCACUGGAGAAUCCUGGCAUCAUGAGGGACAGGUACUUGUGAUUAGAAAACACAGUAUCAGUGAUUAGUGAUGCUGCUUGAAACUUAAGAUGAGCUGCUAUCCUUUGGAACGAAAAUAAAGAGUUUGAUUUUUGGUACAAAACAAAAACGAUAUAGCAAACAAUUUUUACCCUCCAAAAGGAGCUUACGUGUUUUAAAGUAAUCAGUCUUGUGUAUUGUGGAGGUGUGACAUGUGCAAUGCUCUAUUUAUACUUUCUGUGAUGCACGGUAUUGUAAGGGACAACAUAUCAGCAGUGACAUGACCUGCUGAACAGCAGC